AUGAACUUUCUCGCGCUACUCUGCAUAAUAUUCCUAUCUAGACUCUGUGGUUCGACUGGUCCUCAAAAUCCCGGGAGGAGCGACUCCAUCAGGUCUCUGGAAUUGCAAAUAGACGCCUCGCUAUUCUCGACUGAUAGGUUGGACGAUAACGGCAUUCCAGUCUUGAAAUGUGUAGCACGGGCGAACACGCGCUCAUACAGCUUCCACUGCGGACCAGAGACCAUCUGGACCGGCAAUGGAGAAGACGUUUGUACGUCGGCUCUGAUGUACAUUGAGGGUGGGAAACCGGUUCUGGUAACGUUACAGGUUAAGAAUGAUGAUAAUGAAGGGGUCGUCUUCCUCUAUCACACUGGAGAUGAAUGGAUACAAGACGGUGAUCGGCAUAGACUAAAGCUCAAGGAACUGCAAGGCAUUGCCCAAGCAAAAGCCCACAUUGAAAAGAGUCGAUACGAAUCGCCAUGGGAGCCUGGAACUGUCGACAUCUCCAGCUUUGACUACCCUAACUACAGGGUGAUUGAUGUGGACAUUGACGGAGUCCCGUCCAGAAUCCUCAUGAUGAACCCAGGCACAACCGUAACAAGAAUUGUAGAUGGUGGCACUGAAGUUUGGAAGGACGUAUCGCCCGGUGUCAACUGUUUGUACUGCAUACAACACCUGCAGAAUAACGAACCAAAGAUGAUGAGCAUUGUGGUAUGCAAGCCAGAUGGCCUCUUCCAGGUCUUUAGAGAGUAUAAAAAGACAGCAGGUACAUUAAGCAAGAUUGGUAUUGGCGAUAAAAGGGGAUGGAAUCCGUCUGGAAAUGAUUAUCUCGACCGAGUUUCUACCCUAAAAGUUGACUCUGGAACUCCUUCCAGGAUCCCUAUAGAUAUUUCUUCAGACGAGGAUACCGAGAAGUUCAAGAUUAUAAGGUACGAACAGUAUGGCGUUACUGUCAAAUUCUUUGUGGCGAGGCCGGGCUAUAUUAUAGACAAGGUGAUGGAUGGCACGAAUGAUAAAUGGGCUGUCAAGGACGGUUACCUAUGCUUUAUGUGCGAAGUACACACCAAGAAUAAUUACUCGCUGGUAAGAACACAUUUAAAACAUGACAAGAUUGUUGGAUACCUCUCCAUGGAAAAGAAGAAAGGUGAAUGGAAGAACCUUAGUGCCUGGGAACACACUUUGAGAUUUAAUCAAUUGUAUAAAAAAGGUGCCAAUGCUGUUAAAAGAGAGACUACUCCUGUAAAUGCGCCGCCGUACAUUCUAGAUUUGGUAAACCCAGAUAAGAAAAAGACGGACUUGGAUGGGAAUACAAACGGGGGAGUUGAUUGCAAAACGUUUGCUCCAAAGGAUGGUCAUCGUAUCUCCUCUGUUGUAGAGAAUGGAACUCCUAUUUGGACGGCUUCUGGAAAUAGUGAAAGGUGUGAAUACGUGACUUGGCUAUCAAAGGACAAGUCGAAUUUUCUUGCCUUGGAUAUUCAAGAAUGCAGUGGUGCCAAGACUAAACAUUUCGAAAAGGUCGGUAGAGCAUGGACUUGCAUUACAUCCAAGACAUUCACCGUUAAAGUAAAGGCGAUAAUGGAAGUGGGUGGUGAAUAUGGAUCUCCGCGAAAACCGCUAAAUACGACUCCCUGCAUUCUUGAUUUGGAUAAUCCGGACGAAUCAACGAUUGGUUUCCACAGAGAGAUGACUUCUGGAGUGAACAUUAGCAGAUAUUUCCCUACGGACGGCUACCAUAUAUCCUCGAUUAAAAAGGGAAAGGUGCCAGUUUGGAUUUGUCUUGAUGGUGAAAAGUGCGAAUAUGUAACUGUGUCCUCGAAAGGCGAUUCUAUUCUGGUUAGUCUAGACGUUAGCGGCGCGAAAAAGGAGUACCUGGAGCUGACUGGCGGAUCAUGGAAAGAAAUUACAAAAGAAGACUACGAUGCCAAAUGCAAGGCAAUGGCAAAUGUUUCUACCGAAAGCCCUAGAGUGAAGAGUAUGCCUACUGGUUAUCAUUCCAAAAUGAAGGACGUUUCUACCGAGAACUCUAGAGUGAAGAAUGUGCCUACUAAUGAUCAUUCCAGAACGAAGGAUGUUUCUACUGAUAAGCCUAGAGUGAAGAAUGUAUCCACCGACCAUCUCAGAGUGAAGGAUAUACUUGCUGACAAGCGUUCUAAAAGGGAAAGUGUGCCUACCGAGAACCUUAGGGCUGCUCCAGUUAAGAAUUCCAGAAUUCCUCUCUCAGAAGAAUCUACAGCAUCUCUCAGUAGAUUCUCCAAAGAGGUCAAUUGGGAAGAGAGGAUGCCAUUCACGAGCUUGCCUAGUGGCCCAAUUACCAUGGAUGUUGCCAACCUAUGCUCUCAAAACUACAACCACUUUGACUAUAUCUACGACGAUAACUACAUUAGGCUCUUUAUACCAAAUGAGGGCGUGACUGUCGCCAAGUUGGUGGAUGGAGAACAUUUUAUAUGGAUGGCUAGACCUGAUGAAAGGUUUGAGUUUGCCAAGGCAUACAUCAAUGAGAGCAACAAGCCUGUGCUCCUGGUUAUUAACAAGAGCGACAUGUUUGGAAUUAGCCACUUACGUUACAGAAAGACUUGGACAAAAUGGAUGGCAUGCCAAGACUACAGCAAUGAACUGGACAAGCUCAAGGUUCCCGUAGAAACAACUAGAAAAUUUUUCAUUGACCUGGAGGAUGAGGAGGAUACGGAAGAAUGCAUAGUAUUCAAAGAACGACUUCUCAGGGUCCUUACAAGACACUUUUUUCCAAAGCCUGGAUGUCUUGCCAAGGGGAUCAUUCACAAUGGAGUUACGGUAUGGGCUGCCGCCGAACAUGAAAAGUGCAUUGCUUGCGAUUUUUAUCCCAGGAGGAAGGAAAACUCACUCCUCGUUGUCAUUAUUAAAACUGACAGAAAAGAGUACAAGUACUUUGAACUUGUGGGCAAGGUGUGGACUCCAAUUACGAGCUGUGAAUUCUCCGAGAGGAUACGAUACGUGAACAGAUUGUCCGUAAACGUCGAUACAUUGCUCUUUUCUGUAAAGGAGUCUUGCUCCAACGGGAUACCAAUUCUGCAUUGCAUGUCCAAGGGAGAAAAAAUAUCUGAAUUCGUCUGCGCUUCAGAGACUAUUUGGAAGGGCACAGGGAAUGACAGCUGUCUCAAUGCACUGGUUUACUUCCUGGGAGAUGAGCCCAGGGUGGUUGUCUUAAAGGUUAUAGAGAAUACCAGAGAGGUCGUGCUUUAUCUGUACAAGAACGGCGACGAAUGGGAAAAUGACAAGGCUGGUGCUAAGGCCAUGCUGGAGCAACUAGAGAAGACGUACGGAUACACCAUGCAAAAACCUGAUGAGCCUCUAGAGGUAGGGGAAAAGGUCGCAGUGCAUGCCACAGUGACUGACGAGAACCAGAGGCUCAAUUUCUCUGGAAAUGUUGACAUCGAGGAUGUCCUCGGACAAGAGAUUUUUAAUUGUAGAGAAACUUCCAAUUAUAAUAAAUCUGCCGUUAGAGCGAGAUACGGCAGAAUAAAUUGCUCCCAACAGCUAGAAAAGUUGGAUGAAUAUAGCGAUAUUGGUCGCUCUGAAAGCGAUGCACUGUGGAAUGAGAUUGUGCAUGCGCUCAAUGGAGGCAAUGUUGAAAUUGAAUCUCCAAUUGGUGGUAAGAAAAAGGCGGAGGAUCUUGAACAAGACGUCCCUUACAACGGUCUGGAUGAGAUUAUCAACUGGUCGCACUCAGAGGAUUGGUCCAUGGAACAAAUUUAUGUGGAACCUAGGGAUAAUUUUACAUAUUAUCCCUCAAAUCUCAUGAUCCCUGAUAAGGGUCCGAGUGGUAAAUGUGCCAUGAAGAAUAAGAUGAUAACACCUCUCUUCUUUCCAACAUUUAACAGCGGAAGCAUCAUCAAUGUCUCAAAGUAUAAUCCAACCUUCUACAACCUUUACGAUUACUACCUUGACGAUGUGAUCACGAGGCUAAUUGUUCCUUGGAGUGGGACCAAGAUGACAAGCCUGAGUUACGGUAGAGAUGUCAUAUGGAAUGCAGGGGAAGGAGAGAGUUUGGUCUAUGCCACGAUCCAUCUGAGGGAGACUGUACCAGUCCUGGUCUACAUUUUAAAAAACAGUCCCUCUGCGAAUAAAACUGAGACGAUUAUGAACAACGGCUUUGAAUGGAGGCCAAUAGGAAACUACAUGGCUGCAUUAAAGAAGUUCCCUAGACCUAAUAUAGCCAAAUUGGACUUUGCCAUGGAUCUCACCUACCCGGACAAUGGCAAGGUAAAGGUCUUUGACACGGUCCUUGACGGAAUAAAGACUCGACUGUUCGUUCCAAGGCUGGGAUUCCGCGCCGACCUGGUUAAUCAUGGCGGUACCAUCCUUUGGAGGUCCCCAGAGUAUGAGUAUGCAAGGGUAAAGUCUCGGUGGAGGGUCGUCCUUGUGAGGGCCUACCUGAGGGGCGAUACCUGCUUCCUCGUCAAGAUGACAUUAAAGGAAAGGCGUGGCUCAUUCAGCUCCAUCAACUACAUCCAUUUGAACGGUCGAUGGAUUGAAGUCAGCCAGCGCGAGUCCGAAAGAGCAAAGUGGGCACUUAGGACUUUUGGAGAUGUGCGGGAAUGGCCCACUAGACAUUUUUAA